GGCGCGGCCUGUGUGGAGCACCGGGAGGCCAUUGUGGCUGGGGCAGCUCUGCGCGCUGGAGGAGGAGGCGGCGGCGGCAGCGCCCGCCAGCGCCGCGCCCUGUCCCGCCGAAGCCCGACGGAGGGAGGAGACGAUCUUGAAAACUUUACCAGGUCCUUGAAAGAGAAAACUACAUGACACUACACCAUGAGUGACAGUAAAUGUGAUAGUCAGUUUUACAGUGUUCAAGUUGCAGAUUCAACGUUCACUGUUCUAAAACGUUACCAGCAACUGAAGCCCAUAGGAUCAGGGGCACAGGGCAUUGUUUGUGCUGCGUUUGAUACAGUCCUUGGAAUAAAUGUUGCUGUAAAGAAGCUGAGUCGUCCUUUUCAGAAUCAAACCCACGCAAAAAGAGCUUACAGAGAGCUUGUUCUUUUAAAAUGUGUCAAUCACAAAAAUAUAAUUAGUUUAUUAAAUGUAUUUACGCCACAGAAGUCACUAGAAGAAUUUCAGGAUGUAUAUUUGGUUAUGGAGCUGAUGGAUGCAAAUUUGUGCCAGGUUAUUCAUAUGGAAUUGGAUCAUGAAAGAAUGUCUUAUCUUCUUUAUCAAAUGCUAUGUGGUAUCAAACAUCUCCACUCAGCUGGUAUCAUCCACAGAGAUUUGAAACCCAGCAACAUAGUAGUAAAAUCAGAUUGUACGCUCAAAAUCCUUGAUUUCGGCUUGGCAAGAACAGCGUGUACUAACUUCAUGAUGACUCCAUAUGUAGUAACACGGUAUUACAGAGCACCGGAGGUUAUCCUUGGAAUGGGAUAUAAAGAGAAUGUUGAUAUCUGGUCAGUUGGGUGCAUCAUGGGAGAAUUGGUGAAAGGUUGUGUGAUAUUCCAAGGCACUGAUCAUAUUGAUCAAUGGAAUAAAGUUAUUGAACAAUUAGGAACACCAUCAGCAGAUUUCAUGAAGAAACUACAGCCUACGGUGAGGAAUUACGUAGAAAACAGGCCAAAAUAUCCCGGUAUUAAAUUUGAAGAACUCUUCCCAGACUGGAUAUUUCCAUCAGAAUCUGAUCGUGACAAGUUAAAAACCAGUCAAGCUAGAGAUUUAUUAUCAAAAAUGCUUGUAGUAGAUCCAGACAAGAGAAUUUCUGUAGAUGAAGCCUUACGUCAUCCUUAUAUUACUGUCUGGUAUGAUCCAGCUGAAGCAGAAGCCCCCCCACCUCAAAUCUAUGAUGCACAACUGGAAGAAAGAGAACAUGCAAUUGAAGAAUGGAAAGAAUUAAUAUACAAAGAAGUAAUGGAUUGGGAAGAAAGGAGCAAGAAUGGUGUGGUAAAAGAUCAGCCCUCAGAUGCAGCAGUGAAUAGCAACACCAGUCCUUCCCAGUCAUCAUCUAUCAAUGACAUUUCAUCCAUGUCAACAGAGCAAACAUUGGCCUCAGAUACAGACAGCAGCCUCGAUGCCUUGACAGGACCCCUUGAAGGAUGUCGAUGAUCAGCCAGGAUUGCAGACUUGACUUUGGAAAAGAGCUCUUGCUUCCAUUGGGCCUGAAUUGCUUGUAAGUUAAUGGAAUCAAGUAGAAAAACUCCAUGUUCUGCAUGUUCUGCUAAAGUAAUGCCUGUUUUUUUUACUCAGUUGUUAUGAAAUUGCCUGCUUAAUGUUGUAGAAUGAAAGCAAAUCAAUGUCUAAAGAACAAAAAAAAAUUAGACACUAUUAUAGGCUUUUCUUCGUGCCAGCCUAUUUCAGGUGAGCAGUUAUAAUAGACAUUUAGCCAAUAACUCCUCUUAAGUGGGCUCAUGGAUCUUCAGUCUCAACUGGCAGGCUUCUGUGACACAAUGGUUGUUUACAUUUUAGUACAGUAUUGCUCAUUAGUAGGUUUUUUGAAUGUAUAGUCUCUAUGAAGUUUGUUUUAACGUGUGACUGUGGCAGUUUGCUUUAUUUAACGACUGGAGUGUUGUGUGUAAGUGAACUCACACGUUGAACGCUCUCAGUACUAUGCGUAAAGGGCAGUUACUCUUCCACAUAGCACUUUUUUUUAUUGAGCCCUUUCUAUCUUCACUUUCCAACGAUUCUGUCUUCUUGUAGAAGAGAUAAACGUGAAGUUUAAAGUGUAUAGCCAUUGCUUUCUAUUUCACCUAUGAGUAUGUGUCUCUAACUUUUUCAGUUUUUUAAACGUGGAUGGAAGAUACAGUGGCUUAAUUAAAUCUUAAGGAUGAGUGACUUAUCUGUGAAGCAGUGCCUGUUUGGAAGAGGAAAGAGUGCUAAAAUGUUCUGUAUCUUCUAACUUGUGAUACUGGUCCUUUAACAAAAACAAACAGAAAAGGAAAUUCACUUCAUUCACUGCAAACUGAUAAAAGGACAGAUGACUUGCAGCCUCAAAAAGAACUGCAUAAAUGUUUUCCAUUUUUUAAUGGGCUCAUUCUACCUAACAAGUAAUUAAAGAAAUGAAAAUACAGUAGUUUUGAGUCACUUGUAAAUUAAGUAUUUAGGUAACAGAACUUAGCCCUGUUCCCACACUAGAAAAACCUCUCUAUUGGGGGAGGAAAAUGUACUUAAUACGUAUUUUCUAAAUACAGUGUCAGAGAGGAGUAGUAGAUUAUUUGCUGUUCCAAUACAGGCUUAUCAAUACAGUUUUCAGAAUCAGAUAAUACAAACACUGCCUGUUACAUUGCACGACAUAUUGAAUUAGAAAAUGCGUUGGCAGCAGAGUAGGGCUUAAGUUGCUUUAUACGACACACUUGUGAAUUUGUGCACGUUCACUUUGGAGUGCACAGGUGUGAAACUUUGCUAAAGGAUCUUGUGAGUGUGCAUGUGUGUGAGAUUAAAAUAUGUAAGAGAGAUGUACAAGAUGAGGUAAACCACCACUUUCUUAAAGGCACUAUAUUUAGCUGUUGAUCCAGAUACUCUUGACUUGAAUAUAUAAAUAGAACUUAUAAAAUAUACUGGCCCAGCCAGUCACUGCAUUACUGACAUAUUUCUCUUGAAAUUGAAAGAAAAUUGUCCAUUGUUUCUGACCUUACGAUUUGAAAAGCAGCAAUUUCUCUUUAUGCAAACGCUGCUUUUAUAUUGAAAUUGCAUCCCUUUGCAAUAGCCGAAUUUGCGGUAGCAAAAAUAUUAAGGCUUUAGUAUCCCACAAGGUUUAAAAAAAUUUAGCAAAAUACUUAGUGUGAUAUAAACUUCAGAAUUGUCAUCUGGAAUCUUGUUUUUUUUUAAAAAAAAUUCUGUUUAAUUGAAUUGCCGGAUAUUGGAGCUUGGGUUUUUUCUUGUUGUUUGGUUUUAAACCUACGGAUACCUUAGUUUAUCUUUGGAUACUGACAGUAUAUGUGAAAUAUUUUUAGUGCAUUUUUGUCACUGGAAAAAACAUUAAAAAAUACCUAUUUACCAUAUAUCAGAACAGUACAGGUUGCUGUUCUUUUGCAUUUUUAAAAUCCUUGUUAUUUGUGUAAGUUAAAAUUACUAAAAACACCUAUUCAAAAUGAAAAUUAGUGAUUCACUAUGGAAGUAAUCUACUGGAUUUAAUUUUUAAGGAUUUUUCUCUUUUUCAACGGAAGUUGCACUGUUCUCUGUUCAUUUUAACAGUUACUGCUCUAGAAGACUAUGUAACAAUUUUUUUUUUCAUGUGUUUUGGAUAUUUGCAGAGUUGAAUUUUUCCUAUUGGCCUUAAGCUGCUCAGAACAAGAGGGGGUUGGACCAGAUGACCUCCAGGUCCCUUCCAACCUAAAUUUUUGUGUGAUUCAAAUUGUCUUUUAAUGUUGGUUUUGGUUUUUUGCCUUUUUUUUUUUUUUUAACACAACUGCCCUAUCUCCAUGAUUCGAACUGGUAUCUGACCUUCUCCUAGUACAUAUUGUUAGCUUGAAUAUGUACUCUUGGAAUAAAAAAAAACAACCCUGAGAUUAACUGAGCUUAUUUGUAAAUCUUAUUUGUAGGAAAAGCUGUCUCAUACUUAUUUUUUUUUUUAAUGUCGUCUUGCUGUGGCAUACAUUGAAGCUUCAGAAUUUUACAGAAAUGUUGCUUCCUUCAGAGCAUGCAUGAAAUGUCUGUGAAUAUUGUGGAUUUUGGUAUAAUUCAAAACCAAAUUGCUAUAAUCACCUGAAUGAGCAUCGAUCUCAAGACGGCACAUAUGCAGGUUGUACUCAGAAAAACGCAUGCAGAAUAGAUGCAUGCUGAAGUUCCCGUGCUAUUUCGGUGUGCAAAUAUAGACUAUAAAUACACUGCAUGCGGAUUAUAUACAUAUAGUUGUAUUCCUGACUGCGGAUUAUGUUCAGUGCCACGUUUGUGAAAUGGUUGUUGGUGCCACGAGAACCUCAUCGCUGAUAGAAAACAAAAUGCACAUGUAACGUGACAGGGGUUUAAAAGUUUAGAGAGUUGGGUGUGCAAUAUAAUCACUUUUAUUCCUAAUACUAAAAUCAUGUAUGUAAAGUGAUGCAAUUGACCAUUUUUUUGCACUUUGGCAUUUAUAAAUAUUUAUAUGUAUUUAAAGAUUAAGAAUAUGUGAGUGUGUGUGUAUACAUAUAUAUUAAAAAACCUGCUCAGUUUUGUAAACACGAAUGUUACUUUUUCUUUAUGAGAGACUUUGUAUAGUGUUAACACUACUGCAGUAUACAUAAACAAUUUAUGAAAUAUGACUAAAAAGAAACGGUGGUCAACAUAGAUACAAUCUGUGAUCUUAACUGCUCACCUGAAAAAAAGAGUUCUAUGGCUAUCAAUCAGAUUAUUUACCAGAAACAUUAUGUUAAAUAUAUGAACACUGAGUAGCUGAAUGGCAUUGCAGAAAUGGAGUAUGUUUUAAACAGUUCAUUUCAUCUGUGCUCAUAUCAUCUUUCCUCAAAAAAAAAAAAAAAGCUUGGCAUUUUGAAAUCUGGAUAAACAGCCGAUGAGUGUGCUUUGAGGAAAUACUGUGAUAUGACAAGUCUAGUUUUUAUUGCAAAAGAUGAGAAAUGAAUGUCAAAAUUAAGGCUUUGUCUGCAUGGUUCGUACAAAAUAAACUAGUGUAAGGACUGGAAACAGUGUUUCCAAACAGCCUUUGAAGUUUUGUAAUGUUUCCGGUAAGGGUUUGCAUUUCUUUGUCAAAAUAAUGAAAAAUAAACUCAACCUUAACUAGAAAUUAACUAGUUGGUUGGUAAGUUUCAAAACCUGUUAGGAACCAGAGGGCUCUUGAGGUUUCCUUUGUCUUUUUUACGUCCUAAGAGAUUCAUUUUUUUAAAAAGUGAUUCUUUAUGAUUAUUUUUCUUUCAUAAAGGAAGGACCUUAAAUGCUAAAUCAGUUUCCUUUUUAGAUCUGAUUGUAUUUGGCUUAAAAUUGUAAUUUUCUGAAUGAAGUAGCAUUUAGACAUUCAAAAUACAGCCGACGUACCAAGUCUCCGAAAACUGAGCGGGUGACCCUGCUUUGGGCAGAAGCGCAGCCCUCUGGGUUCAGAAGUUCGAGUGCAGACAGAUCUUUGCUGACGCGAUGCCGCUCUGCAGUAGGGGUUCGGCCUUGCAGCAGUACGGUUUGUGUGGAGUGUUUCGUUUGAAUUGUCACACUUGACAUGGAAGUACUUUAAGCGUGGUGGGGGGUAAAUGCUGAACAGCCUUUGUCUGUAUAUUCUACAUAUGUCAUAUGGAUUCUAUCAGGGCUUGAUGCUAAACUUAGUGUGAUACCAUAUACUGGGAACCAAAUUCUUUCCUGGGAUGUGUAUUGUGUAAUUCCUGCUCAAAACUGGUUUUGAUCCAGGGACACCUGCACCCAGAUGCAGAAUUUGGACUCAAGUUCCUAUAGAUGAAUCAAGGGAUUUCUUUGCUUUUUCCAGAGUGUCUUUGAUUAUUUUUUUUAACAUGUUGAAAUAUGACAGAAAAAGUGUAUUCUGGGUUAUUAUUUUACAUAUAUUUUAGAUUUAUUACCUGAGUGAUAGUGAUGUUCUAAAAGCUUAUUACACAACUUAUUGGUUUUAUUUUUUGCCCGCUCUGCAUGCUAAAAAUGUCUGGAGCUAAACUAAUGUUUUAAGUAAACCAUCUUUUCUCAUAUUAGUGUUGGAGGAAAGUGGAGAGAUAACCGUUGUUUCUGUUUGUGUUCUAUAAAAUGACUAUUUUUGUAGCUAAAAUUUUAGUCGUUGGAUUUCAAUCCCACAGUGUGGCUUUGUGGAUAUAAAUUUACCUGGGUCCGCCAUUUCAGACAGUAUAUGCAUAACAAGUCCAGUAUAAAAUUAAACUAAUAAAAUGCACUCUUCUGUAAUCUGCUAAUGAAAAUACGGCAAAUUAUUUUGGUCCAAGAAUUCAAAACAAAAUAGAGAAAAUACAUUUAACUAUUUACGUUUUUAAUCCUUGAUGCUGCUGCUUAUUUUUUGAAAAGGUGCUUGCAGUUUUGCACAAAAGAAAUCGACUUUAUUAAUUGCUGGGUUUGAAGCACUUUAGGAUUCUUCUUAAUACAACCAGUAUGUGGUGUAAAAAGGAAUGACAUAAAAAGUGUUUAAAUUUUGGUUGCAAUCUUUACUAUUCUGAUAGAUUUGAUCAACAUGUUCCUUUAAAUAUAUACAUGAAAAUAUAUACAUGUUUUCAGAGAUUUUUAAAUUAGAAAUUUUUUUUUUUAAUGGGCUGAAAUUUAACACAUAGUAAGAGAUCGUUUGAGGAACAUCUUGUACUCAAAUGCCUGUAGGCUGACUUAAAUAGCAGUGUGACUCCCUAGCCAUCUAUUAUAUAAAGAGAGAACAAAGAUGCGACGACGUUUGUUCCUGCAGCAAGACGAGCUGGCUAUGAGCGCUAGCGUCCUUUUUGUUAAACAAAACAAAAAAAAAUUUAUUAACUGUUGGCUACGCGUCUUAAGGUAGUCAUAUAUGUUACGGUAAGGCCAGAACAUGCAGUUAUUGUGACUCCACUGCAAUGGAUGCUCUGUGAAUGCCGCAGGAAGACUCUGUCCCUGCUCUAAAAUACUGGCCCGAAACCCCGCGACUUCCCCCGCUGUACUGCAGCGAGUCCCUGGCUAGGUGUUUCCCAGGCUGGGCCUGUAGUGCAGCACUCCGUAGUUCCUUGGGAUAACAGAAGCAGAGAGAAAGUAAUGGGGUAAGAACGACACUUUAUGUUCGCUACCUGAGACGGUAGCCGUGUGUGUUACUGAUAGCGAAGCUGAUGUACUCCCCAUGAGCAUGUGCUAUUGUAUUGUCUUCUAAUGGGGAAAAACUUUUUUGAAAAACCAAGUGUGUCUCUAGCUUUUCUAUGAAUUCAGAUGCUUAAAUUGGUGCUAAUUUUUUUAAAAGAAAAAUGUAACAGAUGGUUAGCAGUGUAUUUGUCUGUUUUUGAUAACUAUAUUUUCUUAAAUGUUGGCAAGCCAAACUUUAUAAAAUGACUAACGUGCAUUUUCAGCUUCAUCAGACUCCCAGAUUUUCCUAAAGUAAAAUGUUUAAACUUCCAUGGUAGUUGCUGCUUCUUUGGGGCUAUUGCUUUCAGGUGUGUUACACACUACUAAAAUGAACACAAUUAGAAAAGAUAGCAAUACAUAACUAUCCCUUUCUUUGAAUUACACGACGUGUUGGGUUCCCCUAAUGGUUUUAGCAGUCUAGUGUAAUCAAGGUACCUAAUUAAGAGCGAAUCACAGAUACCUGUGUGCAGUUAACUCAGUACAGUGAAGCCUUACCUGGUCAUUAAGAUAAUUUAUAAAGAUUAUACAAAUUUUCAUCUAUUUUAGAGGGAAUGACAAAUAGAAAUAAUGAACUGUUUUCCUACAAAUUCAAAUGUUAAUUGCAGAGAAUAUAUUCUAUAGUGUACUCCAGAACACGUGCUAUUAGAGAGUAUAGUAGGCUCCUUGAGUGAUUUGUUAUGAAAUCCGGUUUUAUCUCAUGACUCAAAAUAAACCCCCUCCAAAAACUGUUUCUUUGAGGAUUUCUUUUGAUUCGGCCUUCGAGUUGUAACCCCCUUCAGAAUGCUUUGUGCGUCUUGUUUUGGCCCUCUUUCCUACCUUCUGUUUACCAGAUGUCACAAAAAGUAGCAUCAAGCCCUAUCACUUGUUACAGUGUUCUGAUUUUAUGGCCUUAAUAUUAGUUAUAGUACGGUAUAUAAUUUCAGAAGAAAGAUGUGCUUUGAAGUCUAAUUAUAUAGAUACUUGUGGCCUCUUCUGCCUAUGAAAUUAGGCUUUGAUUGUCAUAUCUCAUUCUCGAUGCUUGUGCAAUAGGAACAUGUUCCUUUCAAUGCAGUGGCUCUUUUGUCUGAUGCUGGACUUUGUUUUCAGGAUGACUAGAAAGUUUUUAGGGUUUGGGUUUUUUUAUGGACAGCAGUCAUGCUUCCUUGUUUUUUUGGAUUGAUUUUCUUUAAGGAAAUUAGAAUUUCAUAGGGAAAACUGUCAAUAACUAGUUAUGAACUGCUAGUUAAAGCCUUGUUCUGAAGCUUUUUGGUUGUUUUUUUUUUUUUCUUCUCCAAGAACGUUAUUGUAAAACAGUACUAAAGCCACUGUAAAAUUACAA